AUGGAAGUACAAUCAUCAUUAAUUGCAGCUAAUCAUGAACCUCACCACAAAAAAUCAUCUCAAUAUACAAUGCUUGAUCGUUUUAAACGUUUAACAAAUGAGAGAUUUAUAGAAUUACCUGAAUGGUGCAAUUGCGAUUUGCUACCUACAUGUCCACCAUCUCCUCGUGGUCCUCCAGGUGAACCUGGACAAGAUGGAGAACCUGGUGUGCCAGGACAUCCUGGAAUAGAUGCAGUAGUAUUUGUGCCAGCGCAAUGUUCAGUGGGAUGCUUUAAAUGCCCACAUGGACCACACGGACCACCAGGUCUUGAUGGUCCGCCAGGAUCGGAGGGCCCUACUGGAUCACCUGGCAUGCCAGGUAGGCCUGGUAGACCAGGUAUAACAGGUCCACAAGGCCCGACAGGCGACAUAGGCGAACCAGGCGAGCGAGGUCCUCAAGGCGAACCAGGAUUGUCGACUUUUUAUACUACUGCGAAUACAAAGUUAAGACGUGGAAGAAAAGGAUUGCCCGGUAUACCUGGGCCAGCUGGUGAGCCUGGUAUUCCAGGUGAGCCGGGGGAGCCUGGAAUACCAGGUCCAGCGGGUCCCCCAGGACCGCCUGGACCAAUGGGCGUUAACGCUAUACCAGGCGAUAAUGGAAUUCGUGGAAAUCCAGGUCUGCCAGGUGCUGAUGCAUUUUAUUGUCCAUGUCCACCGAGAUCAUUUGCUUUCAUAAGAAGGUACCAUUAA